UACCUAUGACGAGUUGCAGGAUACAGCGCAGAAACGACAUGCGUUACUCGAGGACUCCAUACACCUGUUCGGAUUCUAUCGCGAGUGUGAUGAUUUCGAGAAGUGGAUGAAAGAUAAGGAGCGCAUUAUUAAUUCCGAUGACGGCGAAGGUGUGGAGAACGCAAAACGAAAGUUCGAAAAGUUCCUAACCGACCUAUCGGCGGCAUCAAAACGCAUUGAGGAAAUCGAUGGUGCUGUCGACAACUUCCGUCGACAAGGGCAUUCACAGCUGGACAAAAUAAUUGCACGUCAACGGCAGAUACAUCAAAUUUGGCAACGUCUGAAUAACGCAAAAGCGCAACGUGAAAAGAGCCUGGAAGGAGCAUCAAGUGUGGAUCUCUUCAAUCGCACAUGUGAUGAGGCUAAGGUUUGGAUGAACGAGAAAAUGCUGCAACUGGACACGGCUGUAAUCAGCCCAGAUCUAAAAAACGGUGCAAGCGCUACAGCGACGACAUCAGAAUUUAGAGCGGGAAUUGGCACCCGUUGAGGAGAAGGUGA